AUGAUUGUUCUAUUGCUGGCGGUCAAUCCGAUCCAGCCGAUGGCACCGGAGCUCCAGCCCGUCGAAAGCCAGACGCCAGAGCGUCAGAAGCGCACGCUGGUGUACACCUUCAACAGUGCAACCGGAAUCCUAUUCGCCCUCUCGGUGCCGCUGCUCAUCACGGGAAGAAACAUUUUCGUGGCGUACAACUUCGAGAUGAACUACAACAUGCCAACGGACUCGACGGACUUCACGCAGGGCGUUCUCAAAAAGGGCGACACCAACGAGAUAGAAGGUGGCGUAGCUUCGCGUCGUUCACGCGAAGCGGACUCCGUCGGUGAGGCGCGGCAAGUGCGGCCAAGGCCGAGUAUUACGCGCAAGAAGCUGUACCGAUCGAUCGAACUCAACCUGACCCGGUACGGGUUCGACGGGAAGAAGUGCAUCCUGCGGAUGAUCUGCGAACUGGCGAGCUGGCCGGUCCGGGAGACGAACGGUGUGCUCGGCGAUAUGCUACAACUAAUCUUCACGCCUUCCAGUUCGCGUCACGAAAAGCUGCCCAACGAGUUCUACCUCGCCGAAGAGCUGGGGUCGCAGCGCAACUGCACCAAGUAUUGGAAACGCUGCCCCAGGGAUCCGCUGGAUUCGAUCAGUUUACUUUUUUGA